AUGCCACAACCGCCAUCCCGCGCAAUCGCCUCCAAAGACCUGCCGCCGUCCGUCGAAACUGCCUACUACCGCAAAUGCAUCGAUCUACGGCGCCGGAUAACCGACAUUGAAGACAAUAACGAUGGCACGCGCCUGCGCAUAACCCGCCUGAACCGUGGAAUCCAGAAGAUGCGCCUCGAGCGCGCUUUUCUCCUCGAACAACUCAACAAGCACAUGGAGUACAACGUCGACGACAGUGAUCGGAGUAGCAGCCCCCCGCCCACCCCAACCGACAAGCCGCUGCGCAGCAAGCGGAGCCACAACAGAAAGGGCACCCCUCCCCUUGGCAGCAGCGGCGGCGCCGGUGGCGCGAGCAGUACUGCAGGCGGCGAGGGCGAACGACUAGGUGCCGAAGGAAGGAUAGGAGCCAUAGGCCACAUAUCGCACAGCGUGAACCCCGUCAGCAGCGCGCAAAGCACCCCAGACCCCGGCCGGUCGCAGAGCAACUAUUUCAACACCGUCGGAGCCGGCAGUGCCACCACGGCUGCGAGUCCCCCAACCAGCGUCGUCAAUGGAGCACCCCCGCCAUCCCUCCCUCCCCUACAUUCUCUCCCGUCGCUACAGCCCCAGCAACCAGCCCAGUCGCAGUCUCAGCCUCAGCGCCAGUACUUUGAUCCUGCGUAUGAUGAGCAGCGUCCGGCGCCGGCGGCUAAUGACGAGGAAGGAGGCAGGCAACGUGCGCUUUCGGGUGCUGCGCAGCAGCCUCCUGCUGCUACUGCGACCGACUCUGCUGCUGCUGCUGCUGCUCCACCGCAGAAUGGCGAUACGGAGAUGACGGAUGCGAGCUUCACGGCUGUGAACCGGUAG